AUGAAGGACUCCUUCAAGGCUUUGACCAACCGCAGAAAAGUCCCUACCUUUGUUGUCACGCUUGAUGCACUAGGCACCUUGUAUCGCUUUCGAGAGCCUGUUCCAUCCCAAUAUCUGAAGGUUGCUCAGCGAUGCGGCUUGAGCACGCAUGUCGACUCUGACAAGCUUGAUCACGCCUUUCGAUCGUCUUUCAAGCAUUACAACACAACCUAUCCGAACUACGGCAAGGGAAAGCUUCGUGAUCCGGAACUCUGGUGGACAAAGCUUGUCAACCGAGCGUUUCGUGAAGUAGUGGACGAUGAAGAUAUCCCUCAGGACUUGGGAGCCAGUCUCUACCGACACUUUUCAUCGGGCGAAGCAUAUGAACUCUACCCGGAUGUUCAACCUUUCUUGCAGACGAUGCGAAUGCUGAAAGACCAUUAUCAUGAUCCAGAGGGGCCCCUGAUUGUUACCGGAGUGAUCACCAACUCUGAUCCUCGCGUUAGGUUAGUGCUGCAGGAUUUCGAUCUGAAGGUAGGGCCUUCCAGCUUGCCUCAAAUCAGCUUCGGUCAGUCCAUCUCGGAGACAGCCACCCGUUUCAGAAACCAGGAUUACCAAGCGCUUUUGGCUAGUCCUUUUGUCGACUAUUUCGCCGCCGACAAUGAUUUCGAUUUCCUUUGUACGAGUUACGAGGCCGGCUCGGAGAAGCCAGACAUGAAUAUUUGGCUCGCAGCCCGGCAACUCAUUAUUCCAAUUCCCGGGUCUCGCGCGGAACAGGCCGUCGAUUCAUCCAGUUCCGCACCUCACAAGGGUAUGACAGAGUGUCUGCGUCAUGAGGUGGGUGAUACCACGUGGAUACACAUUGGCGACGAGUAUUCCAAGGACUACCUGGGUGCAGUGGGUGCGGACCUGGAUGCUUUGCUCUUGCGCCGGGACCAGGAUCCGUCUUCAGACGGUGAGGACAACGUCAAGAGUGUUUCCAGUCUCGAAGAAGCGGCUAUGGUAGUGAGUUUGAUGGCUCAAGGACGAUUCGCCGGCAACGUCGACAGAAAUGAUUGA